AUGUUUAUUGAAUUUUUAAUAUGGGUUAUAGCAUACUAUUUAUUAUUUAGUAACGGUAUAAAAAUUAAUCGAAAUAAUCAAAGCUUUUUAAGUAACUCAAUUUUUAAAGAUCCUAUAUCUAAAAAUUAUACAAAAAAGAUAAGAAAAAAAAAUGUAAAUUCAAAGAGUAUAUCGAACACUUUAUUAAAUGAAAAGAAGUGGACAUUCCCUAUUCUAAAUGUCCAUAUUGACAGUUAUAAUAAUGAUAAAGAAAUUAGAGGUGUAGAAAAUGAAAAUAUAGACGUGGAGAAAUACAAAUCUGACCAAGAAGAUAAUGAUUGUUGGGAUAAAAAAAUAAAUAAAUAUAAAAAACUUUUAAACCUAGAAGAACUUGAUGAAUACACUAUUUUAUCACCAAAAUAUAAUAUUAAUAUAUAUAAUGUGUUAGAAAAAAAUUAUAACCAAAAAGACAAAAAUAAUGUAAUAUUAACAAUUAAUAAUUUAAAUUAUGAAAUAGGAAAUAAAAAGUUAAUAAAUAAUUUAAAUUUAACUUUGAAUAAAUCAGAAUGUAUUGGCUUAAUUGGAAAUAAUGGGUGUGGGAAAUCAAGUCUUUUGAAUUUAAUUUUUGAAAGUUCAGAAAAUUCUAAUAAACAUGUAAUAAUUAAUAAUAAUGUAAAAAAAGACAAUCUAAUAAAUAUUAUAAAAAGUAGUAGCCCUAUUCUAUAUGUAGACUCAUUACUUAAUAAAAAUGAUUUUACUUUUUUUUAUAAUUUUUUAUCAUAUAUGAAAAAAAAAUCAUUAAAAUUAAGCUCUAUGCCUAAGUUAAUAAAAAGUAUAAGUAUUUCUGAUUUUGAAAGGUUGAAUAAACAAAACGAGGAAAAUUAUAAUAGUGAACUAUUUUAUUAUAAAAAUGAUAUAUUUUAUUUUAAACAAAAUAUACAUUUGUUAGGAAAUAAUAACAUUACAGUUUUUGAAAAAAUUUUAAAAUUUUAUCAAAACACAUUAGAAAAAUAUGAUAUUCUAAAUUAUAUUGAAGAAAAUAUUAGUAUGUAUAAAAGUUCAGAUUAUUUAAAGAAAUACAAGAUAGGUGAAAUGAACGAACAAAAUAAAAACAACUUAAAAUUGAAAGAUAAAAAAAUUGAUAAAAGCAAAAUUUCUUCUGAGGAAGAGGAUUUUUUAAAGUCUAAAUAUUUUGAAUAUGUUUUAAAAUUGUAUAUGAAUGAAAAGGAAGACAUUUUUAAAGAUAUAAAUAAUAUAAAAAUGAAUUUAAAUAAAUAUUUAAAUAUUUUAAAUUUAAAAAAUUUUUUACAUGUAAAAUUAUCUGACUUAAGUAAUGGAUAUAUUAUAAGGGUGUAUUUAUUACUACUCCUUUUAAGCAAACCUAAAUUGCUAUUGAUAGAUGAAAUAAAUAAUAAUAUGGAUAUAUUUAAUAUAUUUUUUAUUAUGAACGUAUUUAAAUAUGCAUUAAAAUAUACAAAUAUUGGAAUUAUUUUAGCUAGCCAUGAUUUUUUCCUAAUAAGUAAAUUAUGCAACCGAAUAUUAGACUUUAAUAAAAUUUCAGGAUAUGAUAUAGAUUUUAGUAAUAUAUCUCUCUUAAAAAAAAUAAAUCAAAAUAGUAAUUACAUAAAAGAUACUAAAAUUAAUGAUCGUUCUACUUUAGUCAAUAUUAGUGAACAAUCCGGAAAGUCCUAUUCAAACCUGACUUUUUUUAAAGGCAAUUAUACCCAAUAUUUAAAUAAUAUGAAAAUAUUAUUUAAUAACAGAAAAAAAAAAAAAGAAGACCUCAAAAAAAUUAUAGAUCAAUUGAAUGCUUCUAUAUUAAAAAUAAAAAAAAAUAAUAAAAAAGAAUUUUUAAAAAGUUCGUUAAAAAAAAAAGAAGAAGAAUUAUCCUUAUAUCAAAAUAUUUAUAACACAUUUUUUAACGUGACAUUAAACUAUCAGCAUAUGUAUUAUAAUUUAAUUUAUAGUAAGAAGAAUGAAAAAAGGGGAGAAAACAAAUACAUGGGUUUUUCUUCUAAAGACAAUAAACAAAAUCAAAGCAUAAUUUUUAGAGAAAAUGACCAAAAUAAUAUUAGAAAAAUUCAAGAUAACCAAAAUUGCAAAAUAGGUGAAGAUCAAUUAUAUGAUUAUCACAAUGAAAAUAGCUCAUUUGAAAAAGAAAAAUGUCAGUACUUCGAAGUUCCCAAUACUAAAUGCAAAUCAGAAGAAAAAGAAGUGCCAACAAUAAUUGACGAAAUGGAUGAAAAAAAAUUUGUUUAUAACCAAUUGGAUGAUGUAGAUAGAGAAAUGAACAAAAAUAUUUUAAUAGACAUGUGCAAAAAAAUAAAAAAUAAUGAAUUAAUAAAGACAGGGGAAUUAUAUUCUACACAGAAUGUUACUUUAUAUGAAUUCCAGGAUUUUUCGUUAUACUAUUUGGAUAAUAAAAAUUAUGAUAAUGAAUAUUCUGGAAUAAAAAAAAAGGAACGAAAAAAAUAUAUAUUUAAAGAUUUAAAUCUGAAUAUUAAUAGUAAUGAAAAUGUAUUAUUACUAGGGAAAAAUGGAAUAGGUAAAUCAACACUUUUUAAAAUAUUAACAAAUAAAUAUAGCUUUAUAAUGAAUAAUAAUAAUGAAAGUAAAAAUAUUAAUAAUAAAAAAAGCAUGUAUGUAUAUGGAGAUAGUAAUAUAUGUAAUAGUUAUGAUGAGGCAGAAGAAAAUGAUACAUCAUUUAAUUGUGAAAUAGAUAAAAAUAUAAGAUUUGAAGGGAAUAUUAAUUGUAGUUUUAAUAAUGUGUUAUUAACUUAUUUUGAGCAAAAUAUGAUAAAAAAACUAAAUUUAGAUAUUGAUGAUUAUUUUAAAUAUUUAAUUGAAAAAGUAAAAUAUCAACCAAUCAACUUUUUAGAAAAUCCAGAUUUUGAUAAUACUCCUUUUGGCCAAGAUGUAUUCUUUUAUUACAUUUUAAAUAAAACAAAACCAGAUUAUAAUGACAACAGUAAUGUUAAUAUAGAUGACAAAAUAAAAUCUUUGUUAAAAAUUUUUUAUAUUGAUAGUGAAACAUCAAUUACAGAAAAAAGUGGUGGAGAAAAAGUUCGUAUUUUAUUUCUUUCAUUAUUUUUAAAAAAAUCAAAUUUAUUGUUAUUAGAUGAAAUAAACAACAAUCUAGAUAUAUAUUUAAAAAACCUUUUGUUAAAUUUUUUAAAUUAUAUAUAUCAAGGAAGUUAUAUAUUAACAACUCAUGAUUUUUAUAUAAUCAAUAAUCUAAAUAAUAUACAUAAAAUUAUAUACAUAUUUGAUUAUCAAAAUGUUUUUACUUUUUAUAAUGUCAAUGAUUUUGUCAAAAAUUUUUAUAGUUUUAUUUUAAACUCCUUUAGUGCGUUUAAAAAUGUGGGAACCAAUGACUUUGGUAAUAAUAACAAAGAGGAAAUGGAUACGAAUUAUGCUACUUGUCAUAGUCAUAAUUCGCAAAUAAAAAACAAUAUGGAAAAAAUGAACUAUAGUAAUGAGUUGGAAGUAAAUAAUACACUAGACAUAAAUACAUUAAUAAAUAAUUUUAAUAAAAUUGAAAAAAAAAGUGAAGAAUUGAAUCGAGAAAAUUAUGGAAAAGAACUUUAUGAUAGUUAUGAUUUUAAAAUUUUAGAAUUUUUAAAAAACCAACUCAAAAAAGACAAGAGCGAAAGAAAAAGCUUUGAAGAAAUAAAUCCCUUAGAAGAAGAAAUUUUUGAAAAAAAAAAAAUUAAUAAAAAAAAUUUUGGUGGAAAGGGAUUGUCAGGAAAAGUUAAAAUAAAAAAUUGGAAACGAUGGAAAAAGUGA